UCACCAUCUCGCUCCUACGCCAUCUCCGGAGCAGCUCGAUGGGACUCGGAGAGUUCUUGCUAUACGCGCGACAGAACGUCCCAGACGUGUUUGCGCAUCCGGCCGCAACAAUUUGCCUGAAGAGCCAUGCCGUCUCGACCUACCGAGAGAGCGCCGUCUUCCUCUUUUUGCUUGCUGACUAUAGCGGUCGAAGGUGCUGCGAAAGGGGGCACCUACUCUGUCUCUCCUACCUCCCUCUUUCUCAAGCUUGCCACCAAGACUCCCAUGUUCCUUCUUCUUCCCUAAAUCGUGCUUUCCAUACUACACUCACCAGCCCUUCUACCUCGCGCCCCAGUUCUUCUCACCAUGCUUCACGCAUCCCCAUUCUUCCGGCCCUCGCAUUGCUUAGGGUCCAUUAUUCCUCCAUGUGAGAAUCGUCACCAGAGCAAUUCAGUACCCUUCCCUAGUCGCCGACAUGAUAUCUCUCGUUGCGACCAGGAAGAGGAAGGACGCCCACAAUCCGAGGACAGCCUCUCACGACAAGGGCAAGGUUCGCAUCAUUGACCGAUCCUCAAACGGGAAUGCAGAACCUCUGGUCAAGGCACCUCAUCUGCGGGCCAGCCUGCCAUCCUCUCGCACAUUCUCCAACCUUCGCAGAGGAAGCUUCAAGAUCUUUUCCAUCUUCCGAGGCGCCAAAGGCUCCGGGCUUAGCCCCGCGCCGACGACGACGGACAGCAAUGGCUCCAAUACGAAUACUUCGGAUCACACUCAGCGCGCUGAUGCCGCCCAAGCUGCCCUGCUAGAUCCAAAGGCCCCUCUACAAUGUCCGAGCGUACCUGAGAUCCCCAUGCCGAAAGUGGAACUGACAUUUCGACACGACGCGUCGUCUUUGCUCCAGCUCACUAAUGCGGCGGUGUUCGAUGGCGAAUCUGAGCCUCCCAUGGAGCUUGUACAGCGGCGCCCAGUGGCUUUGCGUACAAGCAGAUCCACGCCUGGACUCUCGCAGCAGCUCAAGAGAAAGCUCUCCUCCAGUCUGCUCCAUAACCCUACCGUCAUACACCGUCCUAAGCUGAAUUCCCGACCCACGGUCCUGACUACAAGCCCAGGCGAGGAAACAGAGGCUGUCUUCGAUGCGCCCCACCCUCAUGGUCCUAUGACAGACGUGGCGUCCCUUCCUUCGCAGCCCUCAAGCUUUUUCGGCAGCAGCAAUCCGCCCCCCAGUCAGUCAACAGCACCUACAUCGUUGGUGUCAUCUGGGGCACCGAGAUCAGGGGAGACUACACAUCGAGGACAGAACGGGUUCCGUCAUGUCUCGACUGGAGGCUCACCACUGUAUGAGCCGCUUUUGGAGCAGCUCGACAACCAGUGGCUGGUGUUCCCUCGCCAGGAUGCGCCGAGGCUUAUGCAGCCAUCCGUUGCGUCCGUCGAGAAAGCUGCCGGUGCGAAGAUUUUCUUCGAAUCCCACUUCAAUGCCCUAUUUGGUACGAAGACCACUCCACGAUCAAUGCGUCGCCGCAAUAUGGAGCGGAAACUAUUUGCUAUGGCGCUUCCGAACGAGCAAAGACAUCAAAAGAGACGGGAGUGGUAUCUAGCGGAGACCUCUUAUCUUCGCGAAACCCGCGUUUUCAAGUCAAAGACUCUAAUUCGGCAAACCACUAAAGGCGUCCAUGCCUCUCAUUACGACAUCGUCAGAGUCCUAGGAAAAGGCAGUUUUGGCGUGGUCCGGCUUGUGCGCGAGAAGAGCGAUGCCGUUGACGAUUCGAACAGCAGCGAUGCGGAACAUGUCUCUACCGUAGACGGCCCUCACGGUCUCGACCCUUCGGAGAGUUCGGUCCUUCGAAAGAGAAAGCAGGUCUACGCAAUGAAGGUGAUUAGGAAGUCGGACAUGCUCCGCAAUAGCCAGGAAGGCCAUUUGCGAGCAGAACGAGAUUUCCUUGUCGCUUCGGAAAAUUCUCGGUGGGUCGUUCCGCUUAUUACCAGCUUCCAGGACAACAACAACCUUUAUCUCGUCAUGGAGUACAUGGUUGGUGGUGAUUUCCUCGGUCUCCUACUGCGAGAAGACAUCUUGGAUGAGACUGUUGCCAAAUGGUACAUUGCCGAGAUGAUCUUGUGCAUUGAAGAAGCGCACAAGAUGAAUUGGAUUCAUCGCGACGUCAAGCCCGACAACUUCCUCAUAACCGCGUCUGGCCAUCUCAAAAUCUCCGACUUCGGCCUUGCCUUCGAUGGUCACUGGACCCACAAUCAGACGUACUAUAACGAACAACGAUAUAGUCUCUUGCGCGAUCUGAAUCUUCAUGUCCAGGGCGAUGCGCAAGACUGCGAAGAGGAAAGGGACCGGCAAGAGACGCGGAAGACAUUUGACCUCAUCAACGGCAAAAUGACUGCUCGCGGGAGAUUCGAAGCCGAGCAAGACGGAGCGAGUGGGCCUAUUCUCGACUGGCUUAACCGUACCCAGCGACGACAGUUUGCGAAGAGCGUUGUCGGGACAAGUCAAUACAUGGCGCCGGAGGUCAUUCGGGGAGAGAGCUACGACGGCCGGUGUGACUGGUGGAGCAUCGGCAUCAUUCUUUACGAAUGUCUUUACGGAUGCACUCCAUUCUUCUGCGACAACCGACAGGCUACUAAGCAAAGGAUCCUGGACCACAAACGCUGGCUGAAAUUCCCACCUGAACAGCGAUACGCACGGCCGAACAUCGACCGCGUGCCUCUGAUGGCAGUGACCCGAAACGCUAUUGACCUGAUGAUGCGGCUAUUAGAAGAGAGGACAGAUCGGCUUUCAGCGAAGCGAUAUCGGGAGAAUGACUGGGUCCUCAGAGACCGCGCCCUUGGAACGCGUCGUGUGAGGAACAACUGCACAGGUCACAUUGUCUUCGCCAAUGACGCCGAAGACAUUAAGAGCCAUCCCUUCUUCCGCAGCAUCCAGUGGUCAACCCUGCAUAUGACAAGGCCGCCAUUUGUCCCGCGCGUACAUGGAGGCCAGCCUAUUACGAAGUACUUCGAUGACGAGGCCGAGAUCAUGAGCACUUCUGACCAUCUUGACUCCUCGAGCUACGACACUGCUCCUGACGAUACCACCCCUCGGCUGGAAGCGCCGGCUCCUGCAGUUCAGGCGCAAUUAGCUCCGGCGGCCACGGCUGAUCAAGUCCUUGUCGUCCCGUCACCUGUGUACGAAGCUUCUUCCUCUCUCAAAGGACCCGGUAAAAUGAGGAGGCGUAAGAAGGAGAAGAAAAGACCACGCGACAAGCUGCUCCGUGAUGCGCAAGUUGGCCGAACAGUGCUGGAGAUCCGCAAGAAAGGUGCUUUCAUGGGCUAUACGUAUCGGCGGCCGCAGUUUACUUUGCCGGAGCUGGAGGAUAGGAUUGCUGCGAGGGCUGGCCCGCUGCCGAGGCCCAGCCUGAUUCAAGUGAGUGCGUGAGCGGGGGGUGGCUUGAAUGGUGGGCGUUUCUUGCGUUGCAUCGUUGUCCUUUUGGCGCUUUGAGUUAUUCUUAUGGUAUUGCUACAAUUCACCUGUGUCUCUUUGCUACUAGCUGUUCUUCUCAUCGCCAUUGGUUGUCCCCGCAUGCCGAUGCAUGAAGACUUGUAUCCCUAGCUACCUGGUGCUUCGUGGUUGUCCCAGGGAAGUACCGAGAGAUGCCCGCGAGGAGUUCGGCAAAUUCG